UCAAUAAUAUUUUGCUAUUUUUAGAAAAUAGAUGCUGAUUUAAAAAUUAAGUAAACAACGAAAAUAGUGUAAUCGUUAAACGUAUAAUAUGUGUAUUGUUUAAGUUCAAAUGGAGGAUUUACAAGAUACUUUAGAUUUAUCAAAUAAAAAGCUCAAAAAACUAAAUAAACCCACCCCAGCCGAAUCUCAGGUUCUCAACUUAAUUUUAGAUGACAAUGAGCUGCAGCGGUUAGAUAACAUUGACUCUUUUAUUAAACUACAUAAGCUUUCAGCGGUGCAUAACCAAUUGCUACGUAUGUAUGGUGUUUGUCGACUUCACUCACUCCAUACCUUAAACCUUGCUCAUAAUGGAAUACUUACUAUUGAGGGGUUAAAGGAGUUGGUCAGCUUGAAAUGGUUAUGUUUAGCUGGAAAUAGCAUUAAGACCAUAGAACAUUUACAAACUAACGUAAAUUUAGAAUAUCUAGAUUUAUCGGAGAACAGCAUAACUCAUAUAACAGAUUUAUCAUUUUUAAAGAAUCUUAAGGAACUUUUUCUACAUAAAAACAAAAUUAAUCACUUAAGCCAGUGUGAUCGUUUUUUACCUACAAGCUUGACUACACUAACUCUAGCUCAUAAUAACAUUACGGAUCUGAAUGAGAUUUCGAGGCUUGUGAACCUUGUUAAUUUAACUAAAAUCUCUCUCGCUAAUAACCCAUGUGUUAACAUGACUGGUAAUAAUAUAGGCUUUGACUACCGUCCAUUUGUUAUAAAUUGGUGUUUAAACGUAAAUGUUAUAGAUGAUUAUGUAGUUGAUGCAAUCGAAAGUUUAAGAGCGGAAUGGCUGUACUCACAAGGACGGGGCAGACACUAUAGAGUAGGCGAUCAGAAGGAGUUGACGCAGUAUCUGGCAACAGUCUGUCCGUUAACAGGGGAAACUUUGGAAACCGAGGAAGAUAGAAAACUACGGUUGAUUUUGAGCAAGGCCCAACACCAUCAGCAACAGUUACGAGAACAGUCAUCCACAAAUGUGACACCAAAUCCGUCUCCCAUGUCGAGAAAAAAAUUGCAACUCAACAAGCAGUCUCCAAGAUUAAAUUCUUCUAGAUUGAGCAACAGGAUUAAGUCACCAGAUCGGAUGGUGUCUAGCUGUUACUCUCCAUUAAAUAAUAUAGAUAACCAGUCGGUGAUGUCUCAGAGCCUGGACCCGAGUAUAUUAAAUCAAAGUAUCGGCAGUAAGAUGACCGAGUCUAGUAAUCAUAUUAGCACCGAAAAAUGUCUAGAUUCUGAGCCCAUAAACAGCCCUCUUCAAGCCUUAUCUAAAAUGGUACCAGUGCCUGAAUCUCUGAUGAGUCCCGACUACCGCCCAUCGAACUUGGUCUCGCGGAAUUCCACCAUAACUCCAACACUUUCCGCUAUGUCUUGCCUUCUCAGCAAUAAAUCAUCGCCGGCCAGAAUCGUGCAACCGGCGCGUUCGCCUAAAUCUAACAGAUCCUCGGUGGGCAGGACCAGGAGUCAAUUAGGAACGGAAGCGAGGAAGACUGGUUCUCCGUCCCCUGCAAGACAGAAAAAGAUGAGUGGGAUAUUAAACGAGCGGCAAACUAACAAAAAAUCGUCUAUUCCCAGAAACAAGCCCUCGAGCAGCGAAGACGAGUCGGAGAUAUGCGACGCCAAGCUGCAAACCAUUCAGAUGAAGGCAGAGGAGCGCAGAUUGCAGAAAGACGAAAACCGCAGCAACAGCAGUAGUAACGAUGACAAGGUGGAACAGGCCGCCGUCUUCAUCCAGAAAAUGUGGCGUGGCUACUUCACAAGGAACAAGGACAAGGAGAUCCAGGAAAUGUUCAAGGAGUUGCAGAGUCAGAGAGCAAACCAGUAUAUACAGAAACUUGCGACCGACAUGGAAACGACUAAAGUGGCGCUGGAGAGCGAGCGGAAAAUCCAGAUGCUUCAAACUGAAGCGAUUAGCGCGCUUUGGAAGAAAAUUUCCGCUUUGCAACCGGAGAGCGAAGGUAGCUCUUCGAAUUUAAACAUGACCAACUUGUCUGUGAACAAUGCUGAGGUCGUGAAGGAACUGGCACAAACUUGUACAAUGCUGCAAACUCAGAUUCAACAAUUACAGAACUCGAUGCAGGAUAUCGUAAAGGUUAUGACGGUAUUUAGUCAAAGUGCAGGUAUUAAUCAUCAACUAAGAGAAAACGGAAUAUCAACCCAAACAGAUAUUGUAGCAGUCCAUACACCUCAGGGAGAAGCCGGUAAAGUUUUCCCCUUUCAAAAGCAGCAGGUGCAGUCCAGGCCGUCAUCCUUGCCUCUGCCCGUGUACCAGCGCAAGCGGGAAAACUCUCAGAGCAACUCGGAACUGCAGCAAUUCGCAGGCUCUUUAGUCGACGGGGUUAUAAAGACGGUGUCGGAGACCAGGGCGGACCUGCUGGGCCACAACACCACUGAUAUUACCGUUACCGAUACAGAUAAGUUGAGCGAACAGAACAUCGAGAAGUGCGAUGUCGCCACUUGAGUUUGUUCGAGGGAUGAGCUUGAAAACGUUACAAGGCUGCUCGUUUUUAUUUUCUUUGAGGCUGACAAUUAAGGAGGGAUUUUUUAAUAAUGUUACGCUAAUAAUUAUCGAUUAUUAAUAUAAGGGCUAAUACAAUAGUUUCUUUUUUAAACUAAGUCACAUCAAUUUACUGAUUUAAUAAGUCGAAAAUAUAAUGUUAAUUGACCAUUCGGUUGUCGUUGAAUGUGUCACGAUCCGAAUUACAUCGUUAUCAAAGCCUUAAAAUUGCCCUUACUAGCUAUCUAUCGUUUGUACAAUUAUAUGAGAAGACUGCUUUGAAAAGCCUUUUCGGUUUUGAAAUUUCUGUGAUUUUCUCUUUUCAAGCUCAUCGGCUACGGAUAGGAAAAAGGUGUUUAUUCUAAGGAUAAUGGAGUGUAUCGCUAUUUUAAUUUUUUAACCAUACAUAUUUGUAAUGUAUUACUCACCACUUUUUCUCUUCCUUGCCCAAAUACUUGCUUUACAAAAAACACUACGUUUUUCAAAUUAUUAUUUAUCUGUGUUACUAGACUUAUCGUUCGUAGUAAUUUCUCUAGAUUUAAAAGUACUCGUUAAGCAGAUAACGUUCCAUGACAGUUUUAAAUCUCUAAUUAGGGUAAAUAUAUUUUUUAUAAUUCCAAGGUAAUUAUAAUAUUUCACGUUUAGAUUAGGUUGAUUUUUUUUUGUUAACUCUGCACGAGGUUCUAUUUAUAUUGUUAUUUUUUUUUACUAAUUGUUAUUAUUUAA